GUCAGGGACAUACAGGAAAUGAAAAAGAAAAAGGCCCAAAUACGAUACAAACAGAAAUGUACAGCUCUGAUAACAACACUAGUGAUAUUGUUCACUUUCAAAUGGAGGACUAAUGUUGACUCUCGGAAUCCAUGGAGACCCAUGAAGAAACGCCAAUAAUCUACACAAUGGAAAACAAGCCGAUUGUGACAUGUGCUGGCGACCAGAGCCUGUUCACUUCCCUCUACACCUCUCUGGCACAUCAGUUACCCAAGGAGCCCAUGGAGUGGAGGAGGUCCUACGGACGCGCACCAAAGAUGAUUCACCUCGAGGCCAACUUUGUUCAGUUCAAAGAGGAGCUACUUCCUAAGGAUGGAAACAGAGCCCUGCUCACCUUUCCCUUCCUGCACAUAUACUGGACAGACUGUUGUGACACAGAGAUGUACAAGGCGUCGGUGAAGGAUGACAUGCUGCGGUGGCAGAGCACCCUGCGGCUGCACGGCUCGGUGGACUGGCUCAUCGUGGUGGUGGAGAGCGAAGCCAAGAAGAAGAACAAGACCAACAUCCUGCCACGCACCUCCAUCGUAGACAAGAUCCGCAACGACUUCUGCAACAAGCAGAGCGACAGGUGUGUGGUUCUGUCUGACCCUCUGAAGGAGUCGUCUCGGUCCCAGGAUUCGUGGAGCUCCUUCCUGACCAAGCUGCGCACCUUGCUGCUCAUGUCCUUCACCAAGAACCUGGGCCGCUUCGAGGACGACAUGCGCACGCUCCGCGAGAAACGCACCGAGCCCGGCUGGAGCUUUUGCGACUACUUCAUGGUGCAGGAGGAGUUGGCCUUUGUGUUUGAGAUGCUGCAGCAGUUUGAGGAUGCUCUGGUCCAGUAUGACGAGCUGGACGCUCUCUUCACUCAGUAUGUCCUCAACUUUGGGGCUGGAGACGGGGCCAACUGGCUGGGCUCGUUCUGUGCCCCGGUGAAACGCUGGAGCGGGCUGCUCCUGCGGCGGCCCAUCGACAUGGAGAAGCGCGAGCUGAUCCAGCGCUCCGAGGCCAGCCUGCUGGACCUGCGCAGCUACCUGUUCUCCCGCCAGUGCACCUUGCUCAUCUUUCUCCAGAGGCCCUGGGAGGUCACCCAGCGAGCCCUGGAGCUGCUGCACAAUUGUGUCCAGGAGCUGCGCCUGCUCGAGGUGUCUGUGGUCCAGGGGGCAUUGGACUGCUGGGUGUUCCUCAGCUGUCUGGAAGUGCUGCACAGGAUCGAGGGCUGCUGCGACCGCGCCCAGCUAGAGGCCAACUGCUCCCACACUGUCGGCCUGUGGACCUACGCCACAGAGAAGCUAAAGUCUCUGGGCUACCUGUGUGGCCUGGUGGCCGAGAAGGGCCCCACCUCCGAGGACCUAAACCGCACCGUAGACCUUCUGGCUGGCCUGGGGGAAGAGAGACCAGAGACGGUCAACAGCCUGCAGAGCCCUUACAAAAAACUCAAUGAGGCCUUAUCGUCUGUGGAGGCGUUUGAAAAACACUAUCUGGAGCUGUCUCAUGCUGCUAUGGAGAUGUACAGAACCAUAGGCAGGAUGCGCUCAUCCCGGCUCAUUGGAAAGAGUCUAGCUGAGUUUUACAUGAAGAAAGGUGUCCCGGAGAGAGCAGAGGGCUUCCUUGAUGACUCUCUGAGGUCCUACGUGGCAGAGGGGUGGAGCCUGCAGGUGACUCAUACCAGGAAGCAGAUGGCCGAGUGUCAGAAGCUCUUGCAGCAGACUGAAGACUACCUGCAGACCAGUGCUUUGCUGGCGGGCGACGCCAACCUGACAGAGGAGGAGAGGAAGCACUUCUGCCAGGAGAUCCUUACCUUUGCCAGCCAGCCCCCGGCACCCUCAGACCAGACUGUGGCUCUGAGCAUGGCGGCAUUCGCCCAGCUGCGCCAGAUGCAGUUCAGCCCGCCUGGCGCCGUGGUGCACGUGGGUGCCGCCCUGCAGCUGGAGCUGCGCGUGCGCUGCCUGAUGCCUGUGGCCGUGCAGGUGGAGCAGCUGGCUGCCACUCUCCACUUCAGCCUGGAGCAAGGCGGGGCGAGGGGCCGGGCGGGCAGCACCCAGAGGAGGACAGGCCAGGGACCACAAGGCCAGGGGGACGGGGUGGUCCUGUUCCCCCAUGGAAGCCCCCUAGCUGGGGCCGGGAUGGGCGCUUCGCUACCCCCCGCACUGGAGCUUUACGAAAUGCAGGACCGCAGCCCGUCGGACAGCUCGCUCAACUCCACGGGGGUGGUGUGUAAGAACAUGCACCUGCUGCUGCGGCGCCACGACAGCUCAGCCUCCCUGGACACGCCCACCGCCGGGGCCCUCCCGGCAGCGGUUGCCGUGGACGACGGGGCCCAGAUGCUGAGGGCACGAGACAUAACGCUGCAGCCCGGCGACAACAGCAUCUUGUUCACGGCCCCGACUGGAGAGCCGGGCUCAUACACGUUACGUCAGCUGUGCGGGAGCGUGGGGAGAGUCCAGUUUGUCCAGUCUCACAUCUACCCUGUGGUGCAGUACGAGGUCUACUCCCAGGAGCCUCAGCUCACCAUCGAGCCCCUCUCAGACAACCUGUUGGCAGGCAUUCCCCAGAAGGUGAAGUUCACCAUAGCAACAGGCCACUACAGUGUGAAGAAGGGUGACGCACUGCAGCUUAGCAAUACAGACUCCAUGCCCAUCCUCCACUCCAGCUGCUGCUCUGCUACCAUCCUGUCCAGCACGGGAGAGCGCGUGGGGGAGCGUGCUCUUUCCGUCCAGUCAUCGGAGAAGGUGACCAGCAUUUCCCUUCCCCCCACCCCUCCCUACCACACCCUGGAGUUCCAGCUGGAGGUGCUGUGCCAUAUCCCCCCCACGCCCUUCAAGCCCGACAUCGAGCAUCUCACCAACGGCGAGGUCCGCCACCGGCCCAAGAGCCACAGCCACGCAGACAGUGGCAUGAUCAACAUCGACCAGAAGGUCUCCAUCGACUGUCCUUGGUCCAUCUACUCCACGCUCAUAUCCCUAACCUUCUAUGUCCCUUUCAAAGCCAAGCACUCAAUACUCUCUGCUGGGAAAAGGAAGUACAUACAGGUGUGUCUCCAGAACGUGUCUGACACAAACUUCCACCUGGCGGACCCGGCCCUGACAGAGCGCCAGCCCACAAUCCCGGUGGAGCUGCUCUCACUCAAUGCUAAAACACAACAGACGGUGUGCAGUCAGCAGUCCGUGUUCUGCCUGUGGGAGAUGCGUUGGGUCAAACACCUCCCGCUGUGCCUGCAGUGUGCAUUCUCCGCCAGCUUCGCGCCCGUCUCCGCCUCGGACGCACACACAGCCUUCAAACCCUACCGCUACGAGUUCCAGCUGGACCGGGUCUCUACCCUUUACAGCUUGAAGGCCGAGAUCUUGCCGCCGUCUGGCGACCAGCACUGUCGCACCGGCGCCCUCUGUGGCCUCGAGGUAUCCAUCACACGGCAGGCGGAGUCCAGCGAGACUGAAGGGGAGGAGGAGGAGUCUACAGAAAUAGAGGGCCUGAGGACCACCAAGCUCAUGUAUGAAGUAGUGGACAACAGCAGUAACUGGGCGGUGUGUGGCAAGAGCUCGGGGGUGGUGUCCAUGCCCGUGGCUGCCAGCGCCACACACAGGGUUCAGAUGGAGGUCAUGCCCCUGUUCGCCGGGCACCUGCCCUUCCCCAACAUCAAAGUGUUCAAGUACCUGCCCCACAGUGCCGUCCCAGCCAUUCAGCCGGACACAGACAGCUGCUUAGAGAACGACACCAUGUCCCUGCUGGACAAAGGUCUGGACGACCAGGGCGACACGGCCAGCAUCCGUAGCCGGGGCAGCGUCCACUCGGUGGGCAGUGGGGAGCAGCAGCGGGAGCAGCAGAGRGGUCUACCCAUGCCCCGCCUGGAGCCCUUCAGUCCGGGACAGGUGUUCUAUUGGAGCCAGGGGCGGCAGGUGCUGGUGCUGCCUGUUACUGACGACCACGUGAUGGAGGUUAACGUAACAUGACCCCUGUGGGCCGCUGCCCCGCCCCCCGCUGUGCCCCCACCACGCCUGGACCUCUGUGGUUUGGUUCCUGGCUGUGGUUCUGGAACCGGGACGUGGCAUGGCGGCAGGGAACUGACACUGGCUCUCCUCUCAGGACUCAUUGCUGGCCGACCACUGGCCCUGCUCCUGUUCUGGCCUGAGAGUUCCAUCUGCUGUAUUUUUAUCUUGUCAAUCUUUUUCAGUAUUCACUGAAUUCUCAUAUGAAAAUACCCCUCUCUCCCCCCACUGUCAGCGAAGAGGGUUUGGUGUACCUGUAAUACUAGCUCUAUUAUUGGUUCGUCCUCCGUGGACACAGUAAACCGCUUAAAACUGUUCUGCAUAGAACCCCCCCCGCGCACCUGUGACUGGCUURCUGGUUCCACUGAUCGCCAACACAACCUUCUGUAUGAGGCACACAUGGAACAAACUAACGUGUGUUUGGACAGGGGUGCUUUUGGUUUGUGGUUGUUUGUUAUUGGUUGGUGUGUGUCUCUGUCUAUGCAUGACAUGGCAAGUUGUGAUAGAUGAAGGAAAGACGGG